GUCGAAGACUACUUCUUCUGGUCUCUGCUGGUUGCACACUUCUUCUUUCUGCUGACUGACUGCCUGACUGACAGCGAGGGGUGGAUCACCGCAGGUACCCUCCACCCCACUCCAGGCUGCGAGGCAGGAGGAGCCCCAUGAAUCCUUCAGGAUGAGCACCGCUGGACCGGAGCUGAACAGAAGAAACAAACCCUCUGUUUCUCUUGACCCCCGGCCCUGGCCCCAGCGCGGGACCCAUUAUGGACGCCCCACGAUGCCGGCGCCUCCAGGAUACUUUUUUUUCUUCUUCUUGGCUGUCUUCUGUUGGUUUGAUUAAACCACUGCAUGCCUAGGUAGUGUUCCAUCGGGACACGCGUUCUGAACCCCAGCACAAAGCCAAUCUAGAGAAACGUGGGUAUGGAACGGGGUGGCGUUGUGCUUCCCACCCGCCUUUGCCGGGCGAGCAGGCGUUGGUCGGGGGCAGAGACAAGGUGUCAGCCAGAGCUGAUCAGCAACAUGCAGUACUCUCUGUGUCCCAUCUGGCUACCUGUUCACCCUAGGGUGGUUCCUCAAGCGAGGAGGGGGGGGCCCUCGGUUUAGCGACCGAACCCAUUUUCUUACGGAUGCAUGCCCGUGGUGUUGUGUUGGUGGGAUGCAGGAGAAAGGCGCAGCGUCGCGUGCGGUGGCUUUUCCCAAGCAGACUUGUGCACCUUUCUGCGACCGGUAGACUUUGUCAGACGGCCGGGUCCUUCUGGGCGUUUAGACAACACCCCUCGUUUGAUAAGUCACCGAAAAGAGUGAGCUGAAAAAAAGAGAGAGUCAAAUGGUAAACGACCUGGGUAUGACCAUCUUUGCGCUGAACAACGGGGGCCCCUCCCUCUUGAUUGCCGCGUCCUACGCCAAAUCUGCAGGCCCCCGUUUCUCUUGCAGCCAACAGUCGACCUUUUCCUCACCCUCACCCUCCUCACUCUUUCUUUCCCUACCUUCGCUUCUCUUUCACCUGCCAGUCUGUUCCUUGGCGGCUUUGCCUCUGUUCUGCUGCCUUGCCCCAUUUUUUUCUCCUUCGCUCGCUUCUCUCGCCCGUUUGCCGAUUUGGCACAGCGCCUUGAACGGCCUCAUACUUACGCUGAGUGCCAUGCCGCCCAGCAUCACAUAAGGGUGUAUCCGUAUAUGACCUGACCAUGCGAAUACACUUACCGACCACAUGGGCCCUUUUGGGCGCCAUGUUCAGCAUUGCCGCUGCGGAGGGCGACUGGCCAAAUUUCCUGUUCAAACGGGAUGAUUUCGAUGGCGAGUGGUUUGCGGACCAGGGUGGGAAGCAGUCAUCAGUCUUCCUGUACAGCAACUUCACACAGGGUAAAACAUUUACAUGGAGUCAGACCGGGCCCCAGGUGUACAUUGUCCAGGUUCGGCUUAUGAACUCCAAUGGUUCGUCAAUAUUAUCUUGGUGUCCUGACAACAGAAAUUGUGUGACAAGCCAAGGAGUCCAAGUCAUACUGCCAGAGUCAGAGAUUCACUUGACUGAUCCCUCGGCGAUCACGACUCUUGCCGAACAUUUCAAAGAGGUGUUGUUUUUCGGUAUUGACUGGCAAUUUGCAACUAAAGGCGGCCAAAAGCGACAACAGCAACAAACAUUCACAGCUUUCAGUCAGGAAUGGGCCGUUGUGAAUAAUGUCGACGACGCGGGUGAAGUAUAUUCCAACAUACCCCAGAUGACAGCCGGUGCGCCUCCUCUCACCUCGGUUCCAACACCCACUACAGCAACAAAUGCAGAGUCUGGCGAAGCAACUGCAUCUACGAUAUCUGGUGGAGUCACGCCAUCAUCAUCAUCGUCAUCAUCAUCAUCAGCAGCAGCAGCAGGAAACAAGUCCGGGGGGCUGACGACAGCGGCUAUUGUUGGAAUUGUCGUGGGGACCGUCGGAGGGCUGAUACUCGUCAGCGUCAUCGCAGGAUGCUUCUGCUUCCGGCGGCGGCGAGACGGCAGUGUGGAGAGGGGCGGUAGCCGAGGGGUCCAGGACAUCAUCGCAGACAAGGAGGCACACACCAGCAUCCUAGAAAGGGACCAGCCAGACACGCCCUACUCGGAGCAAAACAGCCAGCAGCGACUGAACAGCGGCCUGGGCCUGGCCGGGAGGAACGAGAGCGGCGUGGACCUCGGCAUAGGACAGGCCAUGUCGGGCCCAGGAAGCAUCCGCACCGAGAGCCUGCACACCUUGGCCGCCGGCGGGAACCGCAACUCGGCCGUGUACUCGUCGCUGGGCGGCGGGGCGGCCAGCUCGGCCCACGGCACGCCGGUGAUGGGGUCCGGGCCCUUUGGCAGCGGCAGCCCGCGGGCCCAGCCGCACACGCCCUCCAUGUCCGCCCACGACCGCAGCUCCGUGAUGGGCUCGCCCGUGCCCCGCGCGUCGUCGCAGCUGGACCGGUCGCUGUCGCCGUACAGGGACAAUGUGGGGCAGCACGAGUACGGCCAGCAGCAGCAGUACCAUCACCACCAUCACCACGUGGUGGACGGCGCCGACCUGGUACAGCAGGAGCACUCCAACAGGGACAGCGUGACGGCGCGGAGCCCCUCGUCGAUCUACUCCACGAAUCCGCUGGACGAGGCCCAGCCCAUAUCGCCGGAGAGCGCCCGCGAGGACGGCGGGACUGCGGCUGGUGGUGGCGUUGGCGGCGGCAGCAGCGGGGGAGCCUCGGCGCAUGGCCCACCUGGGCACGGCCGGUCGGCCACGCCGUCUGGCAUAUCCGGGCAAUAUGCGCACCUUGUUGAGGAGGGGAUGACUGACGAUGAGAUUCGGAGGCUGGAGGAGGAGGAGAGGGCUUUGGACGAGGCAAUCGAGCAGGCAGGCACGGCGGGGAGGACGAGAUGAUCCGGAUUCUCAGUACAAUAUUUGGUAUUUUUUGAGGAGGCACUUAUUGCUCUUAUACUCAGCCAAGCGUUUUGUUUUAUGAAUACAAGCACUUGCUUACUUCUGUGAAGAACUUAUUGUGGUUGUGCAUACUUGCUGCUGGGGGGCAGAUAUAUAUGGAUGCGCUGCAUGGCGAAAUGAUUCUUGCCCAGGUGAACAUAUGAGCCGCAACGACUAGGUGGUAAAUGUGAUGGGAAAGAGUCAAUUACAAACAUUAGGAAUGAACGAA